CCUGGAAAUCUGACCGAGUGCAUCUCAUCCUGAAAGUACCUAUGCAAUUAUUUGCUCUCCUCUGUUUUUAACAAGACAGAAUCAUGUUUGACUUUUCCCUUAAGUGACUUUUUGACUCGUUUGACCAUCUCCCCAUCUUUCUUUUUAAACAGGUUCACAGUGCAAAUACAUUGAUGCAUUGAGACUAAUGGAUUGAAACUAAUAAGUGUGUCUGUGUACGUGUGUGUGUGUGUCUGUGUACGUACGUGUGUGUGUGAGUGUGCGUGUGUGUGUGUGUGUGUGUGGAUCACGCCACCUGGGCAUCACUAUAUAAGACUCAGAACAUCAGGCUGGGACCGUGAAAUCGCACUGGGAGCCAGGAAGGAGAAACCAGUGAGGCAACAUCAAAAUCUUUGACUUUAUUUCUCUGUGACGACCCAACGCAAUCCAGGUAAGAUGAUGACAAGGAUCUACGCCUUUAUUGGACUUUUACUUAUUAUUCUGAUCCAGAGCAGCUUGCAGAAUCCCAUACAAGAAAACAUGGAAGAAAACUCCAGCCUUAUGUCUGAGGACGCACUAUUUAGUGACCCAAGAGAAGUAAACAACAUGAAGAGACAUUCAGAAGGCACAUUCUCAAAUGAUUACAGCAAAUACCUGGAGACCAGGAGAGCACAAGACUUCGUUCAGUGGUUAAUGAACUCCAAGAGAAGCGGAGUCCCCACACGACGGCACGCAGACGGCACAUUCACCAGUGACGUCAGCUCUUACCUGCAGGACCAGGCGGCAAAAGAGUUUGUGUCCUGGCUAAAAACAGGGAGAGGACGACGCGAGUGACGAUUCACGACAACCAGAUAAAAACUAGCCUAGUUCUGCCUAGUUCUGUCAGUUUCACUGAAUCAUGCAAAUAAAUCUUUCUUCAAAUGAA